AUGAAGAUUGAAGGGAGGACGUUUGUGGUUUCUGGGGGUGCGUCAGGCCUGGGAAGAGCUACGGUACGACAACUUGUAGAUAGAGACGGUUACGUUGCGAUCCUUGAUAUGAACGAAGAGAGCGGUAAAGCCUUAGUCCAAGAGCUCGGCUCUAGUUCCACCAGGUUCUUCCAAGCAGAUGUAUCAGAUACAGAAAGCAUAGCAGCAGCUGUCAAGGGCACGAAGUCGUGGGUCCAGCAGACCGGCAAAGAGAUAGGAGGCAUCAUAGCGGCUGCAGGAGUAUCCACACCCGCGAAGAUCAUUGAUCGUCAUGGGGAUCCUUUCGAUAUUAAAAGCUUUGAUUUUGUUGUGAAUAUCAAUGUGAGGGGGUCUAUAGAUCUAGUGAGGCAGCUAUUGCCACAUAUGAUCAAGGUGGAACCCGAGGCCCUAGAUGGUGAAAGAGGUGUGGUGCUGCUCGUUAGUUCAUCUGCGGCGUUCGAUGGGCAGCCGGGUCAGGUCUCUUAUGCAGCGUCAAAAGGAGCAUUGGCAUCACUGACCCUACCGUUGACAAGAGAUCUCGCAAAAUACGGAAUCAGAGUCGUUACCAUUGCACCAAGUCUUUUCGACUCUGGUAUGACUGCUCUGAUGAGCGACAAAGUAAGGGCAAGUUUGACCCGGGUCAUGGAAUUUCCGCUCAGACCAGGAAAACCCGAUGAAUUUGCAAGAAUUGUAAGAGAGGGCAUAGAAAACUCUAUGCUGAACGGCGUGGUUAUUCGGCUUGAUGGUGGAAUGAGAAUGCCGAGCAAAAUGUAG